CGGCGCCGGUUCGCGCAGCCGGAAUCGCUGGCGCGCGGCGUGAUCAUGCAGGGGUCCGCGCAGCUGCGCACGAUCGGGCGGUCGCUCCGGGCCGGCGCGUCCAUGGCGGCCGUGUUCCAGGAGGACCUCAAGAACACCUCCCGCCGCAUCUUCGACCCGCAGGACCGGCUGCUGGUGCGCCUCAACCGCGCCUUCCUCAUCUCCUGCAUCGUCUCCAUCGCCGUUGACCCCAUGUUCUUCUACGCGCCCGUCGUGACCGACGGUGGGAGCGGAAGCAACCUGUGCGUCGGCAUCGACCGGUGGCUCGCCAUCGCCACCACCGUCGUGCGCACCGUCGUGGACCUCUUCUUCUUGGGCCGCAUCGCGCUGCAGUUCCGCACCGCCUACAUCGCGCCGUCCUCCAGGGUUUUUGGACGCGGCGAGCUCGUCAUCGACACCGCGCAGAUCGCGCGAAGGUACCUCCGCCGCUUCUUCGCCGCCGACCUCCUCUCCGUGCUCCCGCUCCCGCAGGUGGUCAUCUGGAAGUUCCUGCACCGGCCCAAGGGUACCGCCGUGCUGGCCACCAAGGAUGCGCUGCUCUUCAUCGUCUUCAUCCAGUAUGUCCCACGCCUGGUGCGCAUCUACCCGCUCUCGUCGGAACUCAAGCGCACCAGCGGCGUCUUCGCCGAGACCGCCUACGCCGGCGCCGCCUACUAUCUCCUCUGGUACAUGCUCGCCAGCCACAUCGUCGGCGCGUUCUGGUACCUGCUGUCGAUCGAGCGUGUGAGCGACUGCUGGAGGAACGCGUGCAACGAGUUCCCGGGCUGCAACCGCAUCUACAUGUACUGCGGCAACGACAAGCAGCUCGGCUUCCUGGAGUGGCGCACCAUCACCCGGCAGGUGAUCAACGAGACGUGCGAGCCCAAGAAGGACGGCACCACCCCCUUCAACUACGGCAUCUACUCGCCCGCCGUCGUGUCGGAGGUGAUCAAGUCCGAAGACAACACCUCCAAGCUGCUCUUCUGCCUCUGGUGGGGCCUCGCCAACCUGAGCACCCUUGGCCAGGGCCUGAAGACCAGCAUCUACACUGGGGAGGCGCUCUUCUCCAUCGCGCUCGCCACCUUCGGCCUCAUCCUCAUGGCCAUGCUCAUCGGCAACAUCCAGACCUACCUCCAGUCCCUAACCGUGCGGCUGGAGGAGAUGCGCGUCAAGCGGCGCGACUCGGAGCAGUGGAUGCACCACCGCCUGCUGCCGCAGGAGCUCCGCGAGCGCGUCCGCCGCUACGACCAGUACAAGUGGCUCAAUACCCACGGCGUCGACGAGGAGGCGCUCGUCCAGAACCUGCCCAAGGACCUACGCCGUGACAUCAAGCGCCACCUCUGCCUCGGUCUCGUCUGCAAGGUGCCGCUUUUCGCCAACAUGGACGAGCGCCUCCUCGAUGCCAUCUGCGAGCGCCUCAAGCCCAGCCUUUGCACGGAGCACACCUACAUCAUCCGGGAGGGCGACCCCGUCGACCAGAUGGUCUUCAUCAUCCGCGGCAGCCUUGAGAGCAUCACCACCGACGGCGGACGCACGGGCUUCUUCAACCACAGCCUGCUCGAGGAGGGAGACUUCUGCGGCGAGGAGCUCCUCACGUGGGCGCUCGACCCCAAGGCCGGGGUCUGCCUGCCGUCGUCCACGCGCACUGUCAGGGCACUCUCCGAGGUCGAGGCCUUCGCGCUGCACGCCGAGGAGCUUAAGUUCGUGACGGGGCAGUUCAGGCGCAUGCACAGCAAGCAGGUGCAGCAUACGUUCCGGUUCUACUCGCAGCAGUGGCGCACCUGGGCGGCCACCUACAUCCAGGCCGCGUGGCGAAGGCACCUCAAGCGCAGGGCCACCGAGCUGCGACGCAGGGAGGAAGAGGAGCUGGAGGAGGACGAAGGCAGGUCCAAUAGCUUCAAGACCACGAUAUUGGUGUCGCGGUUCGCGGCCAACGCCCUGCGCGGCGUGCACCGACAGCGGUCGAGGCGGGCCGCCCGGGAGCUCCUGAUGCCUGUGCCCAAGCCUCGGGAGCCUGACUUCGCCGACGACGACUGA